CGAAGAAAACAACACACGGCAGCAGUUUGGCGGAAACAGUUCCUUAAAUUACAGUUCUUUGACUGUAGUUUGGUCCGUAGUUUGUCUAUGUUGGCUUGCUGAUAAGUUAAAGAAAAUACAGCGAGCAAACUCGGCCAGUUCGUAUCAAGAAAUACUAAUUCCAAGCUGGUAUGUAACUAGAGGUAGCAGUUCCACUUUUGCAUCCUUGUUCAGUUGUUACUCACGUCAUUUCAUCAUCGCGUUGUGUGGCAAUGGAGUUACGCCAGCUAGCCCAGCACUCAGCGAAUUGUAAAUGAACUCUGAUUUCUGCAACCGCGGUGAGAUUCGAACCACCACGAUUCACAAAUAGCAUGGUGUGAUUUUCAAGACACUAACUAUUGUAGUAGUAUUACGAAGAAUUGAACUGCUUUUUCAAUUUCAUUGAUGAAUCGAAUCGUCAUAUCAUAAUCAUCAAGUCAAGUCAGUGUCGACUUUUUUGCUGGUGAGGAAUUGUUCGCAACAUUUGCAAAUGAAAGCCACCAUGAUGAUGAGGGGGUUAAAUAUUUCAAUCUUUCCGCUGCUUUUUCUUGUUGUAUGGAGCGGAAAUGCGGGAGACUUAGAUCCAGAUGAUCCUGCAAAUCCACAUCGUGAUCCGUCCAAAUGUGAAGUUUGCAAGUUUGUGGCAGAAGAGCUCGAGCAAGCCAUGAAAGAAACGGGCAAGAAUAAAGAGGUUCUUCAGAUUGGACAUCAGUUUGACAAGGAGAAAAAGGCCAUCACCUAUACCAAAUCAGAGCUUCGUCUUAUUGAGGCAUUGGAGGAGGUUUGUAAAGGAAUUCUCAAAUUGAAUAUUCAUGCUGAGCGGUCUGCUUCCCGUAGGUUUGCUAAGGGUCAGUCCGAGACCAUACAGACCCUACGAGGUCUCCAAGCUAAGGGAGUCAAAGUGGAUCUCGGCAUUCCUGAUGACAUGUGGGAGAGACCCUCGGCUCCUGUGACUAAGAUGAAACAACAUUGUGACACACUGAUUGAGGAACAAGAGGAUGCCAUCUCCAACUGGUUCUUUAAGACGGACCAAGAGACAAGCCUCGUCGACUACCUUUGUAUCCAAAGGGUGCUGAAAAAAGAUGAACAUGAAUGUCUGCAGGAGGUGUGGACCGGCAAAGAAAAAGUCGACCCCAGCUCACAGCAGCCCUUGGUUUCCGGAUCAGCCACCGAGUCUGCCACAUCCGAGCCAAUGCAAGGGCCUAAGCAACCCAAAGCUAAACCUGGCGCCAAGAAAUCACGCAUUAGCAGAAAGAAAGUGAAAGCAGGGAAACGUGGUAAAGGAAAAAAAGGUCGAUCAGGGAAGGCCAACUCAUCGUCCAAAUCAAGUAAAUCGCAAACAAAGAAAAAGGAUGAAUUGUAACAGCUCUCAAGCUUUUAUUAUUAAUUUUUUGUUGGUGAUAUAUGAAGUACAUAUACAAACACAUAUCAGGAAUUUUUAUUAAGUAAAUUUGAAUAUAUUUAUGAUGAAGUGUUGUACGACCUGGAGGUUUAAGGUGGGGUCAUGAAGAGUUACACUUGUGACUUUUGUUUGAUUUUUGCUCACAAAGAGUGAUGAGGCUUGUGCUUCAGAGGAAUGUGUAACUUUGUUGUCGAAGACACUUGAGAACUACUUUUGGAAAUACAUCACAAGAUCUUCAUAGAGACAAAACUUAGAAGAGAAUAAUCAUAGGGUGUGAUCGCCGGAACUACAUGUUUCACCUAAACCUCAAAUCUUGUAGUGGAAAUGACUCUUGUAGGCUGAUUUGGCCAACUUCUAUUGAAGAGCAUUUUGCUGAAAGUUGAUUUAGUUUCAUCACUUUUUCGCUGUUGGAACUCAUGUAAAGCAUAAACCAAAAUUAUAUUCUGCAUACAAUCUGUCAAAAGAAGCACCGUGGCAUCACAAACAACACAAAAGCUAAAAGCAUGUUCAUUUAUUUAUUUGUUCAAAAGAUUAUCAGAGACAGCGAACAAGAGACAGUGUUGACAGUUAAGCAGGGACUGAAUAACACUGUAAUUGAACAGAGGUGAUAGAGGCAAUCACCUUCUUGCCCCUGGCCAUUGUCUUGGUGCCCUUUGAAAUUAUCCAAUACAAGUUUGUCUUGCACUCAAACUGGUGCUCUUUGAUAGAGGAUACUUGCUGAUACUUACCAGAGGCGACUGAGUCAAUCACCUUCUUGCCCCUGGCCAUUGUCUUGGUGCCCUUUGAAAUGAUCCAAUACAAGUUUGUCUUGCACUCAAACUUGUGCCCUUUGAUAGAGGAUACUUGCUGAUAAUUAACAGAGAUGGCGACGGCAAUUGCCUUCUUGCCCCUGGCCAUUGUCUUGGUGCCCUUUGAAAUGAUCCAAUACAAGUUUGUCUUGUACUCAAACUUGUGCCCUUUGAUAGAGGAUACUUGCUGAUAAUUAACAGAGAUGGCGACGGCAUUUGCCUUCUUGCCACUGGCCACUGCCUUGGUGCCCUUGGAAAUGAUGCAAUACAAAUUGGUAUUGCCCUCAUACAGGUGCCCUUUGCUAGAGGAUACUUGCUAAUACUUAACAUAGGCGACUGAGUCAAUUGCCUUCUUGCCCCUAGCCACUGCCUUGGUGCCCUUUGAAAUGAUCCAAUACAAAUUUGUCUUGCCCUCAUACAGGUGCCCUUUGCUAGAUGACAAAUUGCCUUUCCCUUGCAAAAAACGAAGUAUCAGGAUAUGAAAGACUAAGUUGAGGGUUUAAACUUAAAAUAUAAAUCAAAAAGAGCUCUAGUUGCCCCUUGAGCACCAGACUGGCCGCUACUAGUAGCCAAUGAGACAUCCAUGCAUUCCACACUGUUUAAAGCCAUUGGACCCUUUCGGUACAAAAAAAAAAUAAAAGUUCACAGAUUUACAAAUAACUUA